AUGUGCAGAACAUUAAUCCAAAAGCUACGAGGCAUCAUAGACCACAUCACACGCGUUUGGGUCCAGUGCGCAAUGGAGAGGUCCGUCAGAUCCGUGCUGGUGUUCGUGGCUGUUUCCAUCCUCAUCUCCAGCCAUCCUACAGACGCCUGGUACAAGCAGUCCACCGGGCCGAGCUACUAUUCCGUCGGGAGAGCCUCGGGUUUGCUGUCCGGGAUCCGGAGGUCGCCGUAUGUGCGCAGAUCUGAGACAGAAUCAGCGCUGGACAGCAGCGAGACCCCCGGCGUCUCCAACAGCGUGAUGCCCGACUUCAGCAGCAGACAAACUCCAGUUCUUAAAAACAUGGCCAUCUGCGUAAAGGACAUUUCUCCAAACCUACAGAGCUGCGAGCUGGUUCAGGACGGUUCAAGCACGUUUCGGUGCAAAGCAGACGUGUUUCUGUCACUCGAUUCGCUGGACUGCUUCUCCCCCUGAGCGGAACCCGUCUCUCUCCCUCCCCGACCCAAAGUCUCUUCCAUUUCAGGAGUAUUUACAGCCAAGGCAGUGAGGCGCGCUGCUGACAUUGAAUGUUUACUUGAUUUCACCAAGGAUGUUCAGCGCUGCUCCUGAAGAUAUACUCUCCAGCAAAGUUUAGUUAUGUACCAAUAAUAAUAAUUUUAAUUUCGAGUGAUAUUAUAAAUCCAUCUACCUUAUUUCGCAGCAGCAAAAGUUCUGUGAAUGUGAUAUAUGAUAAUAUGAGCAAGUUUGCAAUAUCAAGCAGCAUAACGAGCCGCUAAAAAUAAUCGGAAGUCUGGCACAUUCAAGUUACAUAAUGGCCGCGCCCGCUCUUACAUCAAUUAAAAAUAAGUUGGACACGGUUUUGAGAUACACAAAAACCCCUUAUUCUUCUUAAAAUGAAAUUUGGUCAUCAAGACAUAAAAUGUAGGCUACAGUAAAGAGACUGAUUUUAGUUUAGUAUCUAGCAAAGUGAAGUCAAACCGAAUUCAAGUCACUUCUAGUGUGAACACACUUAGUUUUAGCUAUGUUUUGCAGGAAAAUAGAUCUUGGAGAGCAGUUCCGAGCACCCCUGGUUCACACAAUGUGAAGUUCGCUGCUUUAAAUUUGUAAAAGGAAAAAUAGGAAAUCCACAGAAACAAAACGGAGAGGUAUUUUCUGUUCGAUCUGUUCUUCUCUGCGCCCCCCUCCCCCCGCCCCCGUCACCUGUACCUACUUCCAGAUGUAUUAA